UAAUCAUCCGCAGUUUACUUGAGCUCCGCCCACCUCUAGCCUCUGUUAAACUGGAUCCUUUUCAGCUGUCACAGCCGUGCUUAGAAAUCGCUUGACUGAGUUCAGAGGCUGUCUCCGGAUUCCGUGAAGUUAACUGCUUAGUGCUGUUGAUUUGUUUGCUUAAUGUUGUAUUUUUCAGGGAGAUUUGCUUUGGGUUUCUCAAGUAUAUGCCCAUUGGAGGCGGAGAAAGCUGGGGAAAAAGGCAGAUUUCGUGUACAGGUGGAAACAGGUUGUCCGGGAGAUUUUAAACUACAGAAAUGAGUCUUCAGCUUGUUCUAGAUUAAAAGAAUGAGUCUCUGUGCUCCAAACCAGCUAAAGUGAAGUUGUGGGUCUUUCCCCACAUAGGUUCUUCAUGUGUUAAUAUCAGUUUUGGUUCUCUACGUCUGGUGAAGAAAAGAAUAUUUUAUUGGUGACUGUCCUAGGGAAGGAGAUGUCCCAGGAAAUGCUUCAAACCAUGAGCCAAGUAACCAAUACCACUUAUAUUUUGCAUGGAAAAAGCAACAACGCCCAGUUGGGCAAUUCCAGCGAGUGUGACUUGAAAAGGAAGGCAGGCCACUGUCAAGAAAAAAGUGUUAUUGCCCAGCCAGUAUUUGUUUUUGAAAACAGAGAUCAGGCUUUUAAGAAGCCAGCUGAAGACACUACUGACAGAGUAGAACAUGGACUCUCAGGCUCUUCGAGAAAGCGUGCCAGAUCUUCAUCUUUCACUUUCCACACAGCAGAUACCAAGCAAGAGUCAACACCCUCCCAAAAACGAAUGAGAUCAUCUUCCUUCACUGUCCUUCCUACAUUUCCCCCCUCCCAACCAGUUAAGAAAAAUAAUGUUUUCAUGACCACAGCUGUUUCACAAUGGAAUGUUGACAUUGCCAAGACAGAAAAAGGCCAUUGGGAGCGCAGUCAACAAGGUCCCAUUCUAAGACCUGCCAUUUUGCAACCACCUCAGUCUCAGAGAUGUGUAGAAAGGAAUGCAUUUGGACAUGCCAAGGCUGUGGAAUUUUACAAGACUAGUGAAAAAGCAAAAAUUUUGCUUUCUGAAGAGAAUCUUCAUAGGCCUACUGAGAAUUCAACAAGUACUCACGCCUCAGUCAGAUUAUCUACUGGCUCAGACCUUUUAAGUCCUACCCCAAUAAGAAGUCAACCAGAUGAAGACAGAAGUUCUUUACAAAGCCAUAGUUCUGAUUUCAUUUUUGGAGAAAAUAUGAAUGAGAGAGUUUUGAGUCCACAAAAAUCCAUUGAGCUUCACCAAAAAAAAGAUCAAUAUAAUGGGGAAAACCCAUUCACUUCAUCUGUAUCAUUUCCCAUACAGUUUUCAUGUACAAGCUCUCGUAAAAACACAACACUGAAGGAAUCAGCAGCUGCAUUCUUCUCCAAACCAUCAUCAAAAUGCAUACUGGAGAAAAUUGAAGUUAUAACAGGAGAGGAGGAAGAACAUAAUGUGUUAAAGAUCAACUGCAAACUCUUUGUGUUUAAAAAAACAACACAAUCUUGGACUGAAAGGGGCAGAGGAACUUUGAGACUUAAUGACACAGCAAAUAAUAACUCUGGGAUGCUGCAGUCAAGACUGAUUAUGCGAAAUCAAGGCAGUUUAAGGCUGAUUCUCAACAGCAAACUCUGGGCAGAAAUGGAGAUAGAAAGAGCAAGCCACAAAAAUCUACGCAUCACUGCCACAGAUUUAGAUGAUUGUUCCAUCAAAAUAUUUUUAAUUCAGGCAAGUGCCAAAGAUGCUGGAUGCCUUUAUGCAGCAAUACAUCACCGUCUUGUUGCACUAAGAACCUUUUAUAAGAAGGAACUAGAUGUAAAUGAAAUUGAAACUGAUUCAGAGACAGUCAUCAAAUUAUUAAGCUGUGAUAGUUGUGAUGAAGAUGAUGAUAUGCUUAAAAUCACCACAGGUCGGUCAGAUCCUUCUAGAUGGAACCACAGAUCACCAGUUGCCUGCUCAUAAUAGCCACCUAUGGUCCUGAUUACCAUUAUAGAAAGACCAUUGAAAAUCUUCAACCAUUCCAACUCACCUUCAAGUGAGAAAAUCCUAUAUAUUCAUUGAAAGAUUUUAAAGAAAUUAGUUUUCAAGAGAAUUAGAAUUUGGUCUGCUUCAGCCUUUACUAGUUAUGGAAUUUAGUAAUCAUAUUCCUACUGCUUUAAAUUUUAAUUAAUCUGAAGAAACAUUACCAGAAUUUAUGAAGUAUCUCACAGGCUUCAAACACAUCAUUUUCAGAGACGUUAUUUCAGAGUAUAACUAAUUGGGAGUAUCCAUCACAUUGGUGGAUAGAAUAAUUAAAACUAUGAAUUAUUAGAUUUAAUAAAUGUCUAACUCAAAUAUUUAUUUUCUCCAUUACGCAUUAUCUAUCCACAAAACACAUAUUUCAUAGACUUCAAGGAUUGUUCCUUCGAAAAAUGCUAUUGUAAGUAUGAUCCAAGUCAAUAACCAAUUUUACCCUUGGCAAAAAUGUUCUAUAUUUUCCACUUAGAUAUGUGAUUUAACAAAAUGUCAAACUUGUAUGUUCACAAUAACAAUGAUAUAUUUUUUAAAUCU